AUGGUUUUUGCAGGGAACAUUACCGAGAAGGGAAGACACCUUAGGCAAAAAAGUGGGAGUGCGUUGGGAAGGGAGGAGAAAGAGUUUGAUGGAUUUGUGGACGAAGUUGUGGUGAGCAGCAAGAGAGAGGAUUACAUCAGGGGAGAUGGGAGACGGAAGAGAGGGGAUACGGAGAGGUGGGGAGAGGGUGAGUCAGGGAGGGGAGAGGAAGGAGGUGAGAAGAGGGAGAAGGGUCGAGUAGGGGAAAAAGGGGAAGGGGAUAGGGAAGAGGACGGAAGAGAGGGGCAGAGGGGGGGGGAGAGGAGGAGAGAGGGUGACAGAGGGGGAGAGCCGUUCCCCCUCUUCGGUCCCCCUGCAGCAGUGCCGUUCCCCCUCUUCGCCCCCCCUGCAGCAGUGCCGUUCCCCCUCUUCGGUCCCCCUGCAGCAGUGCCGUUCCCCCUCUUCGCCCCCCCUGCAGCAGUGCCGUUCCCCCUCUUCGGUCCCCCUGCAGCAGUGCCGUUCCCCCUCUUCGCCCCCCCUGCAGCAGUGCCGUUCCCCCUAUGGUGCCCCUUGCUCGGAUGCCCGCCCUUUGUUCGGUUCCCCGCCGCUACCGUCCCGUUCCCCCUAUGGUGCGGAUGGCGGGGCGGCGCGGUGGUGUUUACCCCCCUGGCCUGUUGA